AUGGAGAGUGUAGAAUAUCAACCAAACACCCGCCUAGCCGCAGUCUACUUCAACGGCGGAAACACGAAUCUGUUUCGAAUUCACGAACAAGUUUCACUCAGUGAUCUGAAGCAGCAGCUGACUCAAAUCAACCGACGUCUCAACUUCCGAGAUCCAAGAACGGUAACUGAUGUCGAGUACCGUCGUCCGUCGAGGAUUUCAAACAACGGAACAAUGUUGUUCACACACGUCAAACUUCAUAACAACGACGAUGUGAGAACAAUGUUCUCUGUUUUCUCAGAGUACAGGAGUUAUGUACCGAUCGAGCUGGACGCGGAGUUGGUUAGAUCUGUCGAAAAUAUAUUGUCCUGCAUGAUCCGUCCGACACGUCCGUGGACCUACGACGAAAUCGCAGCUCUCAUGGUACGACCCGAAGAGGACGAAGUCUACGCAGUUAAUUUAUCUGAUCCUUAG